CGGCAGGCUGUUUCUGACGAGGCAGACGGACUGGGGAUCGAUGACUUAAACUCGGACACUUUCACGAUUAAGAAUCAAAAGCGAGACCUUUUCAGUUCCUUGAGCGGAUACAUGGGACUUAAUUUUCUCGGCGAACUUGGGCACGACUGUCUUCAGAGAGAGGGGAACAUUUCGUCUCAUUUGCAAGGAGUGUGGAUGUGGAGGAAAGUUUAAAUCUCUACGCUGCCCGGGGGAAAGGUGAGAGGCGGGUGCGCAUUAGCUGACUCGAGUCUCAUUUCCCACUCUUUCAACUUUAUAAAUGGGGCGACAGCGUGACUCAGAUUAAGAAUUUAAACAUCCAUCAGGAUUCUUUUCCCGUGUUUGCAGUUGUGCCACUUCGCUGUCCUGCGGUGAACUGAACUCCGCGGCAUGACUGACAAGUGUUGCGCUGCCUAACCAGUUGAGCCAGCUCGGCGGGGAGUUUCGAGUGCUGCAUGACUAACUUUAAGGUAAACCACAGAUAAGGUUUACCGCUCGUUCACAUCAUCUCUAUAGAAGUUGUUUGACAUAAUGGCUGGGAUGAGCAACGUCCACAUGAAAACCCUGGAGGACCUGACGCUGGACUCAGGCUACGGGGCGGGUGACUCCUGCAAGUCCCUCAGCCUGUCGUCCUCUAAGUCCAACUCGCAGGCCUUCAUGACGGCCCCUCACCGGGGCAACUGGUGGUACUACUCCGGCUCCAUGAACAGCAGGAACAACAGUUGGGACACGGUCAACACGGUCCUCCCUGAAGAUCCCGAGGACAUUUUCUCCAAGUGCCCGCGUUUGCCAGAGCUGGAAGAGUUUCCCUGGACCGAGGAGGAGGUGGCCAAGAUCCUGCGUAAAGUGGCCGGGAGUUGGAGCAGUAAAGGGGGUCCCACACCUGUAUUCUCCCCAGAGGCCGUGAGGCGCCUCGCCGCUCUUCUCCGCCGGGCCCUGAUCCGCAUCUCCAGAGAGGCCCAGCGGCUGAGCGUCAUGCACUGCCGCUGUACGCGCUUCGAGGUGCAGAGCGCCAUGAGGCUGGUGCUCAGCUGGGCCCUGGCCGACCACUGUGUCUCUGCUACGGUUAAGGCUAUUUCCAUGUACAGUAUGAGCGCUGGGGAGCUCUUGAGGAAGGGCAAGUCCGCCCGCUGCGGCCUCUCCUUCUCCGUGGGACGUUUCUUCCGCUGGAUGGUGGACACUCGCAUCUCCGUGCGCAUACACGAGUAUGCAGCCAUCUGCCUGACCGCAUGCAUGGAAGCGCUGGUGGAGGAGAUAGGAGCCAGGGUGCUGAUGGCCGAGAGGGGUCAGCCAGGGCCGGAUUCAGGGUCAGCCUGCGCACCCGUGACUGCGGAGGCCCUGGAGGGGGUGGUGAACAAUGACGCGGAGCUGUGGGGGGUCCUGCAGCACUAUGAGCACCUGAUCUGCGGGAAAAAUGCCAGUGGCGUUCUCUCUCUCCCGGCCCAUUUCAGUCCCUACACCGAGGGCCAGCAGACGGCUGUGGAGAGCAGGGAGGAUGCCUAUGCCCAGCUGGAGCUGAGGACCCUGGAGCAGUCACUGCUGGCUACCUGUGUGGGCAGCAUCUCUGAACUCAGUGACUUGGUGUCCCGUGCGAUGCACCACAUGCAGCGGCUGAGCUCCGUGCGCCCGGGGCUGAGCCCGGCCCGCCACGCCCGUCCCCAGCAGCCCGUGUCCUGGUCGCCGGACGCCCUCCACACCCUCUACUACUUCCUGCGCUGCCCGCAAAUGGAGUCUAUGGAAAACCCCAACUUAGACCCUCCACGCAUGGCACUCAGCAAGGAGAGGCCCUUCCUCUUGCUGCCACCCUUGAUGGAGUGGAUGAGAGUGGCCAUUGUUCAUGCUGAGCAUCGCAGGAGCUUAUUGGUGGACAGCGAUGAUGUCAGACAGACGGCCAGGCAACUCCUGCCAGGCCUGGACUGUGAACCAAGACAGCUGAAGCCUGAGUGUUGUUUUAGUUCGUUCAAGCGUCUGGACUCCAAAGCCGCCACGGACAAGUUCCAUCUCGAUUUGGGCUUCCGCAUGCUCAACUGUGGACGCACUGACCUGAUUGGUCAAGCCAUUGAUCUGCUUGGACCAGACGGGGUCAACAGCAUGGACGAUCAGGGUAUGACCCCUCUGAUGUACGCCUGCUCAGCUGGAGAUGAGGCCCUGGUCCAGAUGUUGAUAGAUGCCGGGGCAAACCUUGACGUGGCGGUCCCACCCUGCUCCCCGAAACAUCCAUCUGUACACCCCGAUAGUCGACACUGGGCGGCCCUCACCUUCGCUGUGCUGCACGGACACAUCUCCGUGGUGCAGCUCCUAUUGGACGCAGGGGCCAACGUGGAGGGCGCGGCGGUCCGCAAUGGACAGGAGAGCACAGCAGACACCCCGUUACAGCUGGCUUCAGCGGCAGGAAACUAUGAGAUGGUGAGUUUGCUCCUGGCUCGAGGCGCCGACCCUUUAUCGAAGACACACGAUGGAAAUGCCCUUACAUCAUCCCUGUACGAAGAUAUGAACUGCUUCAGUCACGCCGCAGCACAUGGACACAGGAACGUGCUGAGAAAGCUACUGACCCAGCCCCAGCAAGUCAAGGAGGAUGUCCUGUCUCUGGAGGAGAUCUUAGCUGAGGGGGUGGAGGGCGAGGAGGUCGGCAUCUGCCCUUUCCUCCCUCUCUCCCCCCUCCCCACCCCGUCCUCCGGCCCUGGGCCCCUGCCAGAGGGCGGGAUCCCCCGGCUCUGCAAGGCCAGGAUGAAGGCUCUGCAAGAGGCCAGCUACUACAGCGCUGAGCACGGGUACCUGGACGUCACCAUGGAGCUGCGAGCCUUGGGGGUACCAUGGAAACUGCAUGUGUGGCUGGAGUCUCUGCGCAGCGCUCAGCAGCAGUCCAGGGCGGGGGUCACCCUGUCCCUCCUCAGAGAGUUCACCACAAUCAGAGAGGAGGACUACUGCCAGGAGCUGGUCUCCAUCGGCCUGCCCCUUAUGUUCAACAUCCUGCGCACCACCAAGAACGAUGCCAUUACCCAGCAGCUGGCGGCCAUUUUCAGCCACUGUUUUGGCCCAGCCCCCCUUCCGGCCAUCCCAGUGAUGAAGGCUACUCUCUCAGCACAGCUUGACCCUCACUUUCUGAAUAAUCAGGAAAUGUCAGAUGUGACAUUUUUGGUGGAGGGAAAACCAUUCUACGGCCACAGGGUCCUGCUGAUCACGGCCUCUGACAGAUUCAAGGCUCUGUUGGCAUCCUCUGGACUAGACGGAAACCCUAACAAGGAGAUUGAGAUCAGUGACAUCAAGUACAACGUAUUUCAGAUGAUGAUGUCCUACCUGUACUGCGGAGGAACAGAGUCACUGACGAACAAAGUGCCUGACCUGCUAGAGUUGUUGUCAGCUGCCAGUCUGUUCCAGUUGGGGGCGCUACAGAGGCACUGUGAACUCAGAUGCUCUCAGCACAUUAACCUUGACAAUGCAGUGAGCAUCUACAAGACAGCCAAGGCUCAUGGUUCGAUGGAGCUGAGCUCAUUCUGUGAAGGUUACUUCCUGCAGCAGAUGCCUGCACUGCUGGAGAGAGAGGGCUUCAGGAGUCUGCUGCUGGGUCCCUCCGGGGCCCGACCAGGGGCCAACUCCACCUCUACUCUGGCUCACGUCCGGGGAGACUCACCUCUGGAGGAGCUGGAGGCCACGCUGGCUCAACGACUACGCUCUCUCCACGUCACCUCCCGAGUUUGAGGAGGGCGCGGGAGAUGCUGAGGAGAAAAGACAGAAAUGAGUGGAAGGACGUGACAGGAGCAGAAGUUUCGGCUUGCCACGGAUAGAGGAUCAGAUCUUUUAAAGUUGCUUAAUGGACAGAUUGCUGCAGAAAAAAAACAUCUGAUCUUACAUCUGUGAGAAGGGGCAACUUCUGUUUUGGACACUGUACUGGGCCCAGACCAAAUGGUGUCUGCCACCAACUGGACUAUGCUCCAUUCACAAGCCUGAGUUUUACAUUAGGUGCCUGAGCACUCCAUCUCAACACUUAUUGCCGUGGACAGUUUGUCUGUGAGGUCGAAGACUGGACGUGACGUGAUGCGUUUCUCCAAGGCUCUGGAAGCUUGAAUGGAGAAAGAAGCAACAGAUGGAUGCGGCAGGUAGAACUCUGUGAAUCGUAGGACACUGCUGCCCCCUAAUGGACAAAACAUGACAUGACAGUUGGCUGCUGUCUGGGAGGAAUCGGGCUAUCUGUACCCCCUUGAUUCUGGUGGAAGCUCUGGAUAGCAGUGGGAGGUUCAAGCAUCGAUUAAAGAAUCAAGUGAGGCAGUCAUGACAGACUUUUGACUUUGUCCCGGUCAGAGUCAUGUUGGGUACUGGAAGAGAGGAGGCGGGCAUGGAGCCUAGGAUUUACGUAAGCUUUGGAUUAACAAAUGUACCUUGUUUUUAUGUAACUGUUUUGUUUUAUUUUCUGUUUUUGGAAGAAAAAAAAAAGUAUAACAGUAAAAACAGAAUACUUAGCAAAGAGUGGGAUGGACAUUUUCUAU